AUGAGACCAGCUUUCUUCCUUGCGGCCCUGGCCUCCCUGGCUAGUACUCAUGCUAAUCCUGAGGCCGACUUGGCUGGCUCGAUCUGGGAUGAUUUCAAAGGAGCAGUCACCUGUGCUGGCUGUGAGAUCGAGGAUGACGAUGUCUGUGAGGGCGCAAUCAAAGAAGAAGGCGCGGCCGUGUAUUACGCCCUGAAGAAUCUGAAGGUCGGCUCGCAUACAUCCAAAACCUUCUGCUCAAGUAUUGCCGGCCUGUGCGAUUACCCUGACGUUCGGCCAUACAACCUCACAUUCCCCGUAGCCAAGUCCUCGGUCACUCGUCCACCCCCGAGUGGCCAGUCUCCGAUCCGUGUCGCACACAUUAGUGACACGCACGUUGAUUUGCAGUACACCCCCGGAGCCAAUGCACAAUGCACCAAGCCUAUUUGCUGUCGUAGUUUCACCCCGGAAGACGCCCCCGGUAACGCCUCAAGCCCCUGCGGGCUCUGGGGUGACCAUCACUGUGAUCCUCCACUUCGUCUCGAGGACUCCAUGAUGGACGCUAUCGCGGCCCUCAAUCCAACGUUCUCCAUCUAUACGGGUGACGUUCCCCCACACGACAUCUGGCUUGUGAACCAGAGCUCAGUCCUGCAGAGCUUCAACUCCACCUACUCCAACCUGGGGAAACUGGGCGUCGUCUACGCGGCCUUGGGAAAUCACGACGCAGCCCCAGUCAACCUCUUCCCUUCGGACAAAGUCCCGCCCUCUCACAACCCCCAAUGGGCCUACGAUGCCCUGGCCAGCGACUGGUCCAACCUCGUCGAGGGUUCACCUAGCUCAACUACCAAACACGGUUCCUACUCCAUCAUCCACCCCAAUUCCAACCUCCGCAUCAUCUCCUACAACAGCGUCUUCUACUACAAAUACAACUUCUACGCAUUCCAGGAACCAAUGGAAUACGACCCGGACAACCAACUCCACUGGCUCAUCUCCGAGCUGCAAGCCGCCGAGACCGCCGGCCAGCGCGUCUGGAUGAUCGCUCACAUCCCCACCGGCAACACCGACACCCUGCACGACUACUCACACUACCUCGAUCAGAUCAUCAACCGCUACAGCGCCAGCAUCGCCGCCCUCUUCUUCGGCCACACUCACACUGACCUCUUCCAAAUUUCGUACACCAACUACACCGCCCGCACCGCCGACUCUGCCACCGCAAUCGGCUACGUCACCCCAUCCAUGACCCCGGACUCGGGCGCCCCAGCCUUCCGCAUCUACGACAUUGACCCCGUCACCUUCGCUGUGCUCGACUACACUGUCUACACGGCCGACAUCAACAGCACCGAUUCCCCCAACACCCCACCUAAAUGGGUCAAAUACUACUCCGCCAAAGAAGCCUACGGCUCCCUUCUGACCCCACCCGUCACCGACCCCAAUGUUGAAAUGACCCCCUCCUUCUGGCACAAGGUCACAGCCCAAAUGGAGAAGGAUGACUCCGUCUUCCAGGCGUGGUGGUCGCGCACCACGAGAGGUUACAAUGUCACGGAGUGCACGGGGGAGUGUGCAAAGAAUAAGAUUUGCUCCCUGCGCGGCGGAGACGCACAGUUCAACUGCGAGGGUCCGGGGACGCCGUUUAGUAUUACGAAGCGGAGUGAUGGUGUAAACGAGGUGCAUGUGGAGAGGCCCUUCUGUGAGGAUGCAGUGUUGGCGAGGAUUGUCGGGGGGUUGGCGCGGAAGGGUGUCGAUGCGGAAAAGUUUGUUCGGGAGAAGGCGAAGCUUUAUGAGAAGGCUUAA